AUGGAAAAGAUGUGUCCUUUCUCUCUUCUUAUUCUUCUGGCUCUAUCAAUAUUUGGCCCCAACUUAGUCAAUGCUGAUACACAUCGCCCAACCCCACCACCUAUUUUCAUACUAGGGGAUUCAACAGCAGAUGUUGGAACUAAUUCUUACAUCCCUGACUGCAAAGCAGCAGCUAACUUUCCUCAUAAUGGCAUUGAUUUUGUCAACUCAAGGCCAACUGGAAGGUUCAGUAAUGGACUCAACAGUGCUGAUCAUCUUGCAAGGCUUUUCGGAUACAAUAGUAGCCCACCCCCUUUUCUAUUUCUUCACAGCCUGAAAUACGGUCUUCAAUUGGGUAUAUAUCGAGGUGUAAACUUCGCCUCAGGAGGUUCUGGUCUCCUUGAUGACACUGGCUUACAGCUGAAUGUCCUUAACUUGCCACAGCAGAUCAAUCAAUUUGUCACUGUGCGCGAAAAUUUGAUUGCUUCACUUGGUCAUGAAUCAACAAAAGCAUUGCUCGCAAAAUCAUUGUUCUGUAUCAGUACCGGGAGCAAUGACAUCUUUGUUUAUUUCAAGACCAGGAGUACAAUGCCUAAAGAAGAGUUUAUCAAUCAUCUCAUGGAAGCGUAUGAGAACCACAUAAAGACUUUGUACAGCCUCGGAGCACGGAAGUUUGGCAUCAUAAGUGUGCCACCAGUAGGUUGUUGUCCAGCCAACAGACUUUUGAAUGGGACAAGGUGUUUCGAGCCCAUGAAUGAUUUUGCCAGAUGUUUCCAUUCAGCUCUUGACAAGCUAAUGUGCAACCUAACCUCAGAGCUACACAGGAUGAAAUAUGCGCUUGGGGACACAUACAAAAUGACCAUUGACGUUAUAGAUAAUCCACAUCCCUUCAACUUCAAAAAUGUGGACACAGCCUGCUGUGGACAUGGAGCACUAAAAGCCGAAGGAAUUUGUAAUGCAACAGCUAGUCUCUGUUCAGAUCGCAGACAGUACAUAUUCUGGGACUUAUUCCACCCUACAGACGCUGCUGCACGGUUGGCAGCUAACACACUUUACGGUGGUCCAACACUCUAUGUUUCUCCAAUUAACUUUGCUCAGCUGGCUGCAGAAAAAUAG